AUGGCCGCCAUCAACGAUCCAACCACCGCCCUAGGCGACAACUUCACAAAGCUCUCUGGACCCGAGAACUUCACAGACUGGUUCCAGUCUUUCAAAGACAUCGCGAAGAUCCACGGUUACGCUGAAUACUUCAAGUACAACGCUGAAGUAGUCGUAAAGCCCACUCCACCCGCCUUCCUCGAACCUCGACAAGCCGCCGAUCAAGGAGAGGAGCACUUUGUUCCGCAGGGUUGGGAGUACCACCUCGCCGUUUACAACACUCGUCUUCAAGAAUGGAAGGACUAUGACGUGGCCUCUCGCUCGGCUUUGGCCCUCCUCCACGCUGCUGUCGAACCAUCGGUGUGGAAGGAAGUCAGAGACACCAACUCGCCAGCAUCCGCGUUGAAGGCCGUUAUCAGCUAUGUUAACACCGAGACACCACACAGCGUCCUGAAUGCCCGCGCUCGUACAAUGAUUAACUCUCUUGACCUAGAUACGCAAACUGCGGUUCGCCAAUUCGUUGUCGACUUCAAUGAGCUCUACGGAGACGUCGAUUUCGAAAACCUCACUCCAAUCUGGGCCAUCGAAAAGAUCAAUGAAAUUUUGCCUUAUGGAUAUCGCACGUUUGUCAAAACCUGGAAAGGUAGCAUCACUGUCUUCCCUAUCACUGGCAGGAUGUUCAAAUUGUAUCGGUCUCUUCUUCUCGGCCAUGUUGAAGAGAAUGAGCCCCCAAACAAGAAGAAGAAGAAGGUUCGCAAAUCCUCUGCAUAA